CACUGCUGUGCUUGAGCAGUGUGCUUCUGCCCUCUGGUGAGGAUGGAGAACUAUGAGCGUGGCGAGAAGCUGGGAGAGGGAGCAUGGGGUGUCGUCACAUCAGCGACGCAAAAAGCGACCGGGCGCGUCGUGGCAAUCAAGAAGAUCGCCAUGAAGCUGGGGAAGUACACGGAGGGGGCGAACUUUACGGCGCUGCGAGAGAUCAAGCUUCUUCAGGAGCUCAAGCACGACCACAUCAUUGAGCUGGUCGAUGUCUUUCUCAUCCACGAGGACCUUAACCUGGUUUUCGAGUUCUGCGAGACCGACCUCGAGUCUAUCCUCAUGGAGCAGAGCGUUAUCCUGAAGCCCGAGCACGUGAAAUGCCACAUGAAAAUGUUGCUCGAGGGACUCGGGUACCUGCACGACAACUUCGUGCUGCAUAGGGAUCUGAAGCCCAACAACUUGCUGUACGCAAGCGACGGCAAGCUCAAGCUGGCUGAUUUCGGGCUCGCGAGGUCUUACGGCAGUCCUGGCCGACACAUGACGCCGACGGUAGUCACGCGAUGGUACCGGCCGCCAGAGCUGUGCUUCGGAUGCCACGAGUACGGUUCGGCGGUGGACAUGUGGGGGGUUGGAUGCAUCUUCGCGGAGCUCAUGUGCCGAAGACCACUGUUUCCGGGCGUCAGCGACGUGGACCAAGUGGCGCGGAUUUUCCAAGUCAUGGGAACUCCCACCGACGAAAGUUGGCCGGAACACUGCGCUCUCCCGGACUACGUGGAGUUCAAGCCGCAGCCCCCCGUCGACCUGAGCUCUCUCCUGUCCGCGGCUUCCCCCGAUGCGAUGGACCUCCUGCUUCGGCUCCUCGUGCUGCGGCCGGACAAGCGGGCCACCGCUAGGGAGGCGCUGAGACACCCGUACUUCACCAAGCACGAGCCGAAGCCGUGCGAGCCGUCGGAGUUGGCACUGCCGAUACCGGAGGAACGCAAAAACAAGGUGGCCAAAGCAGACGUGGCUACGUUUGACUGAUGGCACAACGGUUUGCCGCAUGCGACGGUUGACAUCACCAGCCCCGGCAGUCAUCGAGAAAACUAAAAUGGUCUACCGUAAUUGUCGGAGAGAUGGCACCCCCGUGGUAUUUAGCGUUUUUUGUAGCAUAUUUUACCACAACCGGCGGGGUACCACUGCCGAGAAGGGUAGUUUUGGAAACAUCUCGUCUAGGGCCCUCCCAGUAGGUAUCGGUUGGUGUUCGCACCUUCCUAGUUGUGGAGAAAUAUGCUUAACGAAGACGCCAACACGGGGGUGCCAUAUCUCCGCCUCUUGCCGUAUGUUCGGGACUACGACCAUCCAUGCACUGUAGUUUUGGUCCCUUCGCCCCCCCCCCCCGGCUCGUGGUGUGGUUUUUCAUUUUUCGUCGACGUGCUGGACCUCGUCGAUAAAGUCCCACCUGAGCGAAGAAAUCGGCGUGUCCGACGAUUGCGAUGAGAGUGGGCAAGGGCGGCGUCGUGCCCUGUGACGGGGUUGGAAUCUUACGUAUCCACGGAUCUUGAAACUCGCAAUGUCCUGCCGAGUAAGGCGUUGGACGGCAUGCCUGUUGAGGAAGCCGUUGGACAACGUAGCUGUUGAGGAAGCUGUUGGACAGCAGUGUACUUGUUCUGUUGAAGUCGUUGGGCAGUCAGUAUACCUGUUGAGGAAGCCGUUGGACAACAUAUGCGUACCUGUUGAGGAAGCCGUUGGACAGCAUACGCAUUUCAUGAGGAAGCCGUUGGACAGCAUACACACCUACUGAGGAAGCCGUUGUAUACCUUACCUGUUGAGCAAGCCGUUGGACAGCAUACGCACCUAUUGACGAAGCCGUUCGACAACAUACGUGCGUAUGCAUACCUCUUGGUCGGCGUACCUGUUGAGGAAGCCGUUGGAAUACGUACCGGGUGCGGGCGUCGGGUAUUCUAUCCCUCCCUGUAGUGGGGGCGACGCAUUAAGGGCUCGGAGGUGCAACAGGCACUGCCGUGCAGUCCAUACGGCCGGUCGCUGCAGGAUUGUAAUGUUGCAAGCCGUUCAUUGUUGUCCUUUUUUACCAACGAAGGACGACUGACCGAAAGACGCAUUGCGUUCUUCGUUCAGGGUCUUCUUGGAAAAAUUGUGCACAGGUCUUGGCUGGUUCGGGUCUCCUGGUUGGACUUGGAGUUGCUGUUGAAGGUAGCCGAGGACGAGACUCACUUUUUUAGGUAUCAUGGUGUGGACGGAGCAGAAGCAACGUUUGGCUGCUGGUACACGCCCGUGUUGGUCAUUUUCCACUUUGAUUCCCGAUUCGGUCCCCCGAGGAACUAGCUGUAAGCGUUGGGUUUACUGACGAACUUGGGGCGAGGCAGAAAAUCGUUUUUGUACAUUCUAGUCUAUUUACGUCCUUGGAUGCUGCCGGUAUCAACUAAAAAGUUAGGCCGAUCGCGAAGGGGUGGGAGGAACGCCUCCGAUUGAUUGCAUGGAAGCGUUACUCUACAGAACGCGCCCGCACUCAACAACAUCUAGUUUCGGCCGAGGCUGGACUUCUGAGUUCCUAGGGUCAUGCUACGAAUUGUUGCUGUUUAGGUUUUGGUGUACGGGUCACAAGUGGUGCUCGGUUCUUCAUACUUUUUAUUGAAUUCCUGGGUUCUUGCGUGGGGGGGCGUUCUGUGUUCAGCCGGUUCAAUUUCCCUA